CUCCCCACUGAAGCAUUUCAACUUCGACAAACAUGAAGUGACAUGGUAAGAAAAUCUGACAACAUGCUGUUGUAACUAUACUCCCAUAUAGAUCUUCUUAGUUCUUCCUGAAUCCCAACAACAAUGGUUAGAUGCACUUCUAAGAAGAGUGCUAGUUUCUUCCUUAGAAAACACAGGAAAUGGCCAUAUUCACCUUACAAGGCCAGAUGGCACAGAAUUUUCAAUCAACAACAAGCCAUGCAAUCUCUUAAACAAUCAGCCCUAAAACCGCCGCAACAAGAAUCUCCCCACAAACCUCAUCUUCUAUCUUCUCUUAUUCACUCCUUUGGCAUCUACGAUGUUGAACCAACCCCUAAAGCCUUUGACUUUAUAUUCAAAACCCUCGUUAAAACCUCUCAGUUCCAUCACAUUCCUUCAGUUCUUGACCAUCUCGAAAAAGUUGAAAGCUUUGAACCACCUGAAUCUACUUUUGCUUAUCUGAUUGAAGUUUAUGGCAGAACUAAUAAAACCCAAGAAGCAAUUGAGUUGUUUUACAGAAUCCCAAAGUUUAGAUGUGUCCCUUCUGUCUACUCGCUCAAUACUCUGAUUUCAGUUCUUUGUAGAAACAGUAAAGGUUUAAAGUCGGUGCCUGAAAUCUUGUUGAAGAGUCAGGUUAUGAAUAUUCGAGUGGAAGAAUCAACUUUUCAGGUAUUGAUUACUGCUCUUUGUAGGAUUAGAAAGGUGGGUUUUGCUAUUGAGAUGCUGAAUUGUAUGGUGAAUGAUGGGUUUAUUGUAAAUGCAGAAAUAUAUUCGUUGUUGUUGUCAUCUCUCUGUGAACAGAAAGAUGCAACUAAAUUCGAGGUCAUGGGGUUUUUAGAGCAAUUGAGGAAGUUAGGAUUUUUCCCUGGAAUGGUGGAUUAUAGUAAUGUUAUUAGAUUUUUAGUCAAAGGAAAAAGGGGUUUGGAUGCUUUGCAUGUUUUGAAUCACAUGAAAUCAGAUAGAAUUAAGCCUGAUAUCUUUUGCUACACUAUGGUUUUGCAUGGGGUGAUUGAAGCUAAGGAUUAUUUGAAGGCGGAUGAGUUGUUCGAUGAGUUGCUUGUUUAUGGUUUGGUUCCUGAUGCUUAUACUUACAAUGUGUAUAUAAAUGGUUUGUGUAAGCAAAAUAAUGUCCAAGCGGGGAUCAAGAUGGUUGCUAGCAUGGAGGAAUUGGGAUGCAAGCCUAAUUUGAUUACUUAUAAUAUGUUAGUGAAGCAGUUGUGUAAGGUUGGAGAACUUAGUAAGGCAGGCGAUCUUGUGAGGGAGAUGGGAGUGAAAGGAAUUGGGCUAAAUAUGCAGACAUAUAGGAUAAUGAUUGAUGGCUUAGCAAGCAAUGGUAAAAUUGUUGAAGCAUGUGGUUUAUUUGAGGAAGCAUUGGAUAAGCGUUUAUGCACUCAGCGUUUGUUGCUUGAUGAGAUAAUUUGUGGUUUAGGUGAUAGAGACCUAAGUUGUAAAGCACUCGAAUUACUUGAGAAAAUGGUUGGUAAGAAUGUUUCUCCUGGCGCUAGAGCCUGGAAAGCGCUUCUCCUUAGCUCUGGAUUCAAACUUGAUUGUGUGGAGACUAAAUUGUUUAGUUUGGUGGACUCAAAUCAAACUCAAUUAAGCAGUGAGAAUGUUGCUGUUGAGUAAUAAACCUUUUGAACUAUAGAAAUGGUUGAAGUUAGCGGUGAAAAGUUUUGAGCCUAGGGAGAGUUUUUCAUCUUCUGGGGUAGUGGAUCUACAAAUAAAUUGUGUUUGUUGGAUUUUCAUUAAUGAUGCUUCAGUGGAGUGUUGGCAACGUUAAUAACUUUCAACUAACUGGCAGAUUAUGAAUUUUCAAACAAAUUAAAAAAUACAAAUGAUCUGCUAUGGCUGAAGCAUCAAGUUGCAAAUUCAAAGUUUCUAUUCAGAAGCUAAGUUCUACAGUGCAUGGAUGCCUAUGUGGUUUGAGCACUAAUGGUGCCUUUGUUUGAUUCUAUCCUUCAAUGGGCACAUGCAGCUAGACUGUUCUGAAUGCAAAAUCAUGCCUAAUAUUUAUGCCUUUUGGCCCUUCCCCGAUUUUACGAAUUGCAAGGCAUGCACUUAAUAUUGAAGGACCAACAUCUAACUCCAGUGUCUUAAAUUUACUACCGAGUACAUUCAUCUGUAAGGUGAAUUCUGGGAGACAAGAACUUUAAUAGAUAGGAUGUAGAUCUCCAACAAAUGCUGGAGUUAAGAGUUCGGAAGCUUAGCAGAGAGCUGUUGUUGGUUACUCAUAUUUGGUUUUUGUUAUUUUUAUCAUGUCAUCAUAUUACAUAUUGGAAUAGGUCCCAAAUGGUUUAGAUCAAUAGUUCUAUGUUGGAGCAGCUUCUUUUACUUGUUCAGCUUUUUUAGCUCCCAGAAUGCAUGCAAGGCCAAACUCCACCAACACUUGUUUUAGAACUUGUAGCCUGAAAAGCUGGGUCCUUUCUGAGGUAUAAGGUUGAUCAGAUCAAGGUAUGAGUUCAUCCUAGGAACCUAAAAUGUUGUUCAAGAUUGGUUCAAAAUUGAAGUACGGUAUUUGUGGAAGUUUCAUUUUUUUGGCAGAAAUUUAUAAUUCAGAUCUUGUUUGUUUUCAAAUAGUCCAGCUGAUGUAGCCCUCUGUCUCACUAAUCCUCCUCUCCACGGAAUUGAUGCUUGGAUUUGAUUAGUGGUGAUGAAGUGACUUGAUUAUUGAUGCGUGUUUUUGCUAUCA